AAACCCAGAGGAGUAUCAGCAAAGGAUCAUGGGAGAUAGAAUCCGGAGACAAGCGCUGACUUCCUACAAAGAGGAUCUGGUCAGAGCUGCACAGAGUACUCCUGUGUUUCAGAGACCUACAGUGGCAGAGAUGGAACGAGAAAGAGGAAGAACUCUGAAGAUUCUGUUCCUGUUGACACUCUGUCUACAAGCCUUCCCUGGUCAAUGCCAAGAUUCAGGGCAGCCCUCUGAUCUGAGGAUAGUUUUAGUAGGGAAGACUGGAGCAGGGAAGAGUGCAACAGGAAACACCAUCCUUGGGAGAAAGGUGUUUAGAGAUGCCUUCUCCCCUGAGUCUGUCACUGUUCACUGUGAGAAAAAGAGUGGAGUGGUGGAUGGGAGGAAGAUUGAUGUCAUCGACACCCCAGGGCUCUAUGACACAACAAUGUCUAAAGAAGAGAUGAAAAGUGAGAUAGAAAAGGCCAUCUACAUGUCAGUGCCAGGACCUCACGCCUUCCUGCUGGUGAUCAGACUGGGGAGGUUCACAGAGGAGGAGAGGAACACUGUGAAGUGGAUCCAGGACAACUUUGGAGAAGAAGCAUCAAUGUACACCAUCAUUCUGUUCACUGGUGGAGACCAGCUGGAGGACAAAUCAUUGGUGGACUUUCUAAGUGAGAGUGAGGAGCUUAUGAAACUCGUCAAGGUCUUUAAGGGCAGAAAUCAAGUCUUCAAUAAUAACAAGAAGAAUGACAACACUCAGGUCCCAGAGCUACUGAAGAAGAUAGAUGAGAUGGUGAUGAAGAAUGGAGGACAACACUACACCAAUGAGAUGUACCAGGAGGCCCAGAGGAAGAUCGAAGAGGAGGAGGAGAGGAAGAAACAGGAAGAGGAGAAGAGAGAACAGCAAGAGAAAGAGAAACUGGAGGGGGAGAUCAGGAAACGGGAAGACAAGGUGAGAGAGGAGGAGAGGAAGAAACAGGAGGAGAUCAGGAAACAGGUAGACAAGGUGAGAGAGGAGGAAAGGAAGAAGGAAAAGGAGAGACAAGAGGAGAUGAGGAAGAAGAAUUCAAAGGACCUAUGGGGAAAGGUUUUGGGAUUGUUAGUAACUGUUGCCACAGCGGUGGUAGCAGGACCAGCAGCAAUUCCAGUUGGAGUUGCUGUACUUGCAAAAGAGGUAGCUGAAGAUGCAGUUGAACAUUUUCAAGAUUCUCAGUAAGUAAAGAUGAGGAAGAGGUGGCAGUGUGAAGUACCACUCUCUUCCUCAUCUUAAUGUCAAGGAGCAGCAGUAGAUGAAUCCUUUACAAUGACAACCAUCAGGGAUUGUUCAACACUUUCUAAUAUGAUCAGUUAUUUAACAUUUUUAUUAUUCAGAGGCUCAGGGAUAUAACAUCAGAAAAAAUGUGUACUCCCUCCAUCCUCACUCCCUGGUCUGUGUCCUUCCUCCCUGGUCUGUGUCCUCAUUCUAUCCUCCCUCCCUGGUCUGUGUCCUUCCUCCCUGGUCUGUGUCCUCCUUCUAUCCUCCCUCCCUGGUCUGUGUCCUUCCUCCCUGGUCUGUGUUCUCCCUCUAUCCUCCCUCCCUGGUCUGUGUUCUCCCUCUAUCCUCCCUCCCUGGUCUGUGUUCUCCCUCUACCCUCCCUCCCUGGUCUGUGUUCUCUCUCUACCCUCCCUCCCUGGUCUGUGUUCUCCCUCUACCCUCCCUCCCUGGUCUGUGUUCUCUCUCUACCCUCCCUCCCUGGUCUGUGUUCUCCCUCUAUCCUCCCUCCCUGGUCUGUGUUCUCCCUCUAUCCUCCCUCCCUGGUCUGUGUUCUCCCUCUACCCUCCCUCCCUGGUCUGUGUUCUCUCUCUACCCUCCCUCCCUGGUCUGUGUUCUCCCUCUACCCUCCCUCCCUGGUCUGUGUUCUCUCUCUACCCUCCCUCCCUGGUCUGUGUUCUCCCUCUAUCCUCCCUCCCUGGUCUGUGUUCUCCCUCUAUCCUCCCUCCCUGGUCUGUGUUCUCCCUCUACCCUCCCUCCCUGGUCUGUGUUCUCCCUCUACCCUCCCUCCCUGGUCUGUGUUCUCCCUCCACCCUCUCUCUACCCUCCCUCCCUGGUCUGUGUUCUCCCUCUAGUGUCAGACACCAUGAGUAAUGUUGUAAAAUACUGUACUGUACUUCAUUACUGUACAUUUCUAAUGUACCUCAUUACUGUUUCUACUGCACUUCAUUAUUGUAUUUCUACUGUAAUUCAUAAUCCAGGGGAAGGGAUGAGGGCUCAGAACUGUAGGACAAUUAUUACUAAAACAAUUACAUUAGAGGAACAAUUUAUAUUAGAUUAACUUCUAUGUUUAUUACUUUAACAAUUACAAUAGAGGAGUUUAUAUAUUGUAUAAUUACAUUUAUGCAUGUCUAUUACAGUGCGCUCAUGGCUAUUUGAACAUAUGUCUGAGCUGUUUGUAAAUUGACAGAUAAUUGAUUAUUAAUAUUUGUUGUUUCAUGGUUGUGCUUUAUGAUGUUUCAUGAUUUGCCAAAAUUUAACGAACAUUUGAUGGACAACCUUAAAGGACAUUUAGUCAUUGGUAGUGUGUGCUUAGUGUUGCAUGUAUGAUUUCCCCAGAAUUCAACAAUAAAUAAUCAAAUGAAAUCCACAAAAUCCUCUCCUCGUUUUCUGUUCAAACACCACUAUGAUUACAACAGGAUUUUGGUUUGCUUUUGCCAAAACAUUUAUAGAAAACAGUCAGUGUCGACCCAUCGUUCAGGGAAGGUGGGGCAGCAACCACAGUUUUAGCACAAUAACCCACAGAUAAACCAAGGAAUAUGGCUAGCUAACAGCUGCCUCUGAUUGAGAACCAUAUUUAGGUAGCCAUAUUCCUUGGUUUAUCUGUGGGUUAUUGUCUAUGUAUAGUUGCAUGUCAGCACUAGUUGUUUUUAGCUUCACAUUUGAUUUGUUGUUUUGGUUAGUUUGUUUAUUAAGUGUUCUUUCUUUAAUAAAAGAAGAAUGUAUUCAAAUCACGCUGCGCCUUGGUCUCCUCUAUACGAGGAACGUAACAGAAUAACCCACCAAAAAAGGACCAAGCAGCGUGCCAGAGGACAUCUUGGACCCGGGAUAAAGAGGAGUGGAAGACAUCCUGGACCUGGGAGGAGGUAAUGGCAGACCCUGCCAUGGAAGCAGGUGGAGAAAGCCCGAGAGGCAGCCCCAAGAUUAUUAUUUUUUUGGGGGGGGCAACAAAAGGAGAUUGGCUGAGUCAGGUAGAAGACCUGAGUCAACUCCUCGUGCUUACCGUGGGGAGCAUGUAACUGGUCAGGCACCAUGUUAUGCAGAGAUGGGAAAUAUUCUAGAAUGGGCAUCCAGCCAGGUCAUAUUGAGCCAGCUCUAUGUUCUGGAUCUCCAAUGCGUCUCCACGGUCCAGUGUAUCCUGUGCCUCCUCCCCGCACUCGCCCCGAGGUGCGUGUCACCAGCCCAGUACCACCAGUACCAACACCAUGCACCAGGCUUCCUGUACGGCUCCACGGUCCAGUGUAUCCUGUGCCUCCUCCCCGCACUCGCCCUGAGGUGCGUGUCACCAGCCCGGUACCACCAGUGCUGGCACCACACACCAGGCCUCCAGUGCGCCUCCAGGGUCCAGUACACCCUGUUCCUGCUCCUCGCACUCGCCUCUUGGCCAAAAGCCAGGGAAAAUGCAGCGCGGUAAAUUCAAAUAAAAUUAUAUAAAAAUCUAACUUUCAUUAAAUCACAAAUGUAAGAUACUAAAUUAAAGCUACACUCGUUGUGAAUCCAGCCAACAUGUCAGAUUUCAAAAAGCCUUUUCGGCGAAAGCAUAAGAAGCUUUUAUCUGAUGAUAGCACAGCAGUAAACAAAGAGAGUAGCAUAUUUCAACCCUGCAGGCGCUACACAAAACGCAGAAAUAAAAUAUAAAACAUGCCCUACCUUUGACAAGCUUCUUUUGUUGGCACUCCAUUAUGUCCCAUAGACAUCACAAUUGGUCCUUUUGUUCGAUUAAUUCCAUCCAUAUAUAUCCAAAAUGUCCAUUUAUUUGGCGCAUUUGAUCCAGAAAAAAACAGCCUACAAUUUGCGCAACAUCACUACAAAAUAUCUCAAAUGUUACAUGUAAACCUUGCUAAAACAUUUCAAACUACUUUUAUAAUACAACUUUAUGUAUUUUUAAAUGUUAAUAAUCGAUCAAAUUGAAGACAGGUCUAUCUGUGUUCAAUACAGGAAGACAACAAACAACGCUACUUUUCAAGUCUUGUGCAACUCUCAACAGUGUUACCCAUUUCCAAAAUGGCCGCAUUUCUUCAUUUCUCAAAGGAAUAACCUCAACCAAAUUUCAAAGACUGGUGACAUCUAGUGGAAGCGGUAGGAACUGAAAACGAACUCCUAAUUAAUCUAGUGUCCCAAUGAAAAAUCAAUUCUGAACGGUUAGUCCUCAGGGUUUUGCCAGCUACAUAAGUGCUGUUAUACUCACAGUGUCACGCCCUGGUCUAUAUUUAUUAUGUCUAUCUUCAUUUAUUGGGUCAGGCCAGGGUGUGACAUGGGCUUAUUUGUGGUGUGUUUCGUCUUGGGGUUGUGUGGGGUGUAUAGCGUAGUCUAUGGCUUCCUGAGGCGGUUCUCAAUCAGAGUCAGGUGAUUAUCGUUGUCUCUGAUUGGGAACCAUAUUUAGGUAACCAUAUUCUUUGAGUGUUUUCGUGGGUGAUUGUUCCUGUCUCUGUGUCUUCACCAGAUAGGACUGUUUAGGUUUUCACGUUCUGUUUGUUGUUUUGUAUUGUUCGUGUUUUUUUCAUUCUUUAUUAAAGAUGCACAAAACUAA